UCCAACGAGCAAAAGAAAUUACUACUAGCGCUUAGGUGUGCAAAAAUGCGAAACAAUUUUUCGCGCGAUUAUCUAAAAAAUUGAUCGAGUUAUCAAAAAAAGGUUUUAUGGUAACAUGGCGGCUGAAGAAAACAUUCUUGUAAAUAAUCCAACUUUUAAUUUAAAACAUGAGAGAGAUAAUGUGUCAUUACUUGCUGACAAGUCAACAAAUAAUCCUGAUAAAUUAUAUAGUCUUAUAUUUCUUGGAACAGUUACGGGAAUAUCGGCAAUCAUAGGGUUUGGUACGACACUAGCAUCAGCAAGAAAACGAGAUCCACAAUUCUUUCAAGAAGGAGUAGCUGGUGUAGGAACUCAGGAAGCUGGAGUUUCUUUAGCCCUUCGAGCCUUGAGAAGAGGCACACUUUAUGCAUUUACUGGUUGUGGUCUUAUAUGUUAUGGAAUUUGGAAAUUAUCUGGAGCGACUAAUUUCAAAGAAUUUAGAGAAAAAAUGGGAUCCAUUUUACCUCGGAUUCCUAGAAAUGAUCCACCACAAAGUAGAACUGAAUUUGAUGGAUUAACUGAUCUUUUAAAAUACGUUUCUGAAGAAUGGGGCAAGGAGAAUAAAGAAAGCAAUAAAUAAUUUAGAUUUAUUAUCAGUAAGGUUGUAAAUGUAUAAUUAUUUUACAUUAUUUAAAUAUAUUCUAUAAGAUUGUUUAAAAA